GGCAAAAAGGUCUGUGGGAGCGCCACAAUACACACUCGCCACUACUGCGCCACCCUCUUCACCGAAAAGCACCCAAUCCCACAUCACCGCUGUAAGGCUCGUCACUUGGCGGUCCAGUGAGGUUCACUUGAGCCUCACCUCAUACCUGUCCUCUUCGGAGAUAGCAUCUUGCUGCCUGGUUUUAUUAAAAACCCAGACAUCAGUCUUCACUCAUUGAUAGCCAAACCUUCUCAUCACCAGGAUCGCCGCGAAGCACUUUGUCUACCUCCCAUCGCGGCGAAUCACGCAACCCGCCACCACACGGGACAAACUUGAAAGCGACGUCACAUUACAAAAAGCAACAAUAUCAACACCCGCACCACUCACUCCAUAUCUCACAUCACCUACAAGAAAAUGCAUCUCUCACACUCCCUCGCCCUGAGCAUGGCAGGCCUCGCCGCCGCCGCCGCCGCCGCCAAACCCCCCUCCAAAGACGCAAUCCUCCUCUCCAAAGUCCAAUCCCUCACCCUCCGCGGCGCCGGCGCAAAAACAACCCACCGCCGUGUCUCCGCCGCGCCCCAGCUCAAGUGCCUCUCCCACCCGUCCCUCUGCAACCUCCACGCCAUCGAUGUCAUGCGCUGCACCAACAACGGCGCCGGCUACGGCCUCGAAGAUAUCCAGUGGUCCUGCGUCGCCUCCUUGCCCGAGGAGCUCAAGCUCGGAUCCACGGACGUCGUGUGCGAAGGCUACGCCAACGCCGACGACCCUUACGUCCUUCGUGGUAGCUGCGGCGUCGAGUACCGUCUCGCUCUCACGGACAAGGGCGAGAGGCGGUAUCCGAACCUGGGCAAGGGACGCGGUGGCGGUGGCGGUGGUGGCAGCAGCCAUGGUGACGAUGACGACGGGACGGACUGGGGAGCAUACGUCUUUGGUUUCAUCUUCUUCUCUGUCCUGGCUUGGAUUCUUUACUCGGCGUGCGUGGCCGGCACUCAAAAUCGAAGGGCUGGUGGAACCGGUCGGCGCCGUGGAGGCGGCGGCGGUGGUGGGCCCGGAGGAGGUGGCGGAGGCGGAUGGAACCCCGGCUUUGGUCAAGACGACGAUCCUCCGCCGCCAUACCCGGGCACCAAACCAUCCAACUCAAGCAACCAGCAGGGAUGGCGCCCUGGCUUCUGGACUGGCGCGGGGGCUGGCGGUGCCGCGGGCUACGGCGCGGGUUACUACCAAGGCAGAAACAGCGCGCGGAACCAGCAAAACUACGGCUCGGGAUGGGGCGGUGACACGACCAGCGGUUCCGGGUCCUAUGGGGCUGGCCCGUCGAGGUCAACCAGCUCCUCUUCAAGCUCGACUCGUCACGAAAGCACCGGAUUUGGGUCGACCAGCAGGAGAUAGUAAACUUGAAAGUAGGCAUAGAGUAAUUUGAACAUCAUGUGAGCCAGCUCG